AUGUCAGGCACUGAAUCUAAGCCAUUGUUUCCCCAGGUCCAACGAACAACCGGAGCUCUGGACCAGUACAAAUACAUUGAAUCGAGCCCCGCACUUGGAAGAGAGUAUUCCGGGAUCCAGCUAUCCUCCAUCAUUGAUAAUGAUGCGAUUGUUCGUGACCUCGCAAUCACAGCAUCUGAGCGUGGAGUCCUCUUCUUCAAUGACCAGGAUAUCACCCCAUUGGAGCUCAAACAAUUGAUUCUAAGAAUUGGCGAGGUGAUGGGCCAUCCCGAGGAGGCUGGUCUACAUCGCAGUGCAUUGUCAGGGCAAAAGGACAAACACCUUGGCAUUCCUGAGCAGGAUGAUCCGAACAUCCUGAUCAUCUCCUCCGAGUCCCAAAAGAAAACAUUGAAAGAUUCUUUGCCAGCAGUUACACGCAAGUUCGCGAGCUGGGGGUGGCAUAGCGACGAGUCUCACGAGAAGUAUCCACCUGCCUACACCGGGUUCAAGAUAGCUAAAAGUCCUCCAACUGGUGGGGAUACUCUUUUUGUCUCUGCAUAUGGACUUUAUGAUCGCCUUUCCGAGCCAUUCCAGAAGUUCGCCGAGUCUUUAACAGCCACCCACCAUGCUGCAGAGUAUCUCCGCGCCCGAGAGAACGGAGUGCCAUUUGAAGCAGACGUCCCAAGAGGACACCCGGAGAAUAUUGGGUUUGAGUUUAAGCAGUCUCACCCAGUCGUUCGGACAAACCCUGUUACUGGGUGGAAGAGUCUCUUUGGUGCGGGCUGGGGGUUGGUCGAUGGCUGGUUUGAUAACAUGUCGGAGCACGAAAGCAACCUGCUGAAAGACUUCUUUCUCUUCCUGAUCACCAAUUGUUUCGACCUCCAAAUCCGCAGGAAAUGGGAUGACAAUGGGGUUGCAAUUUGGGACAACCGUGCUGUUCACCACAACCCAACAUAUGAUGUCGUUGAGGGAGAAAGACUCACCUUCCGCGUGACCGGCAUUGGCGAGAAGCCUUAUCUGGAUCCCAACUCCACCACAAAAACCGAGUUUUUGAGCAAGCAGUAG